UAUCGUAGAAACCAUCCUCGUUUCUCGACAUGACUAAGUGUCAAGAUAUUUCUGACAAGAAAGUUCCUGGAACGGGAAGUGCAAUCUUUGAACAGUUAGAAAAUCAUACGGGAGGAGAAUAAAUAAAAUUUUGCUAAUAGACGAAGUAUUAUAUGAUUUUUUUUUUUGUAAAUAAAAGAUAAAAGAAACAAUGGAAAGCAGAAAUAAAAAUUGUCUCUAGGAAGAAAACGUUACAUUUUACUAUCAGUUGAAUUAUUGUGUAAUUACAACGUGACACGGGCAUUUUUGGUAAAUAAUGGAAACACGGAUAAAAAGUAAAAAUGCCACGGUCGAAAAUUGUGAGUGAUCGUUAUCGAGCCAUUAUUAUAUGUGAAAAUGGACACAGGUCAAUUUAGAUGACUAUCAGAUGGAACAAUUGUUAGGAAAAUGGUAGGUGCCUAACAGGAAAGGGAAUGCUAUUCGGUGACGUGAAUCAGUACAUUGUUUGUCGUUGUACCGUAACGAUUAAUCCCGUGGGACAUUGGGACGUAUUAAAUAAGCACGUAACACGAUGUUGUAAAAUAGAAUCUAUUAAGUUGACUCGUGAUUUCGACCGAUGGGAAUUAUACAAAGUUAUUGAAUGAACAGUGCAGUUUCAUUCUUAGCGGCAACAAUUAAGUCCGAUUAACGUCACUUGACCUAACGUUGUAAAGUGCAACUCCGACUUUGUUUGCCUCGUGCAGUUCGCGCAUGAUUUUGCAAAAAAAGUAAAGAAGCUUCCGCGACGAUCAACCGUGUGUUAUUAACACACAAACACGCGAACUAUGGCUUUGCUUACUUGGAAGUCUUGGAACAUUGUCUUAUCAAUCUCUACGGUGACUGCCAAUGCGACCAUUGGAAAUAAAGUCACUUACAACGAGCUGAUUGAUAAAACGAUGACAAUCAUUCGAUCAUGUACGAUGUUCCAUGCAGACGACGCUCUUCUAUUAGCUGGCGAAUACGAUGAAUUCUUUCAACGAUCUCUACUCAACGAUCUACCGGUUGCUCUAAUCUCCGAAUCGAAAUCAACGGCAUUCGAGAUGUUCACUCUGGGCAAAUAUUCGUACACGAUAUACACACAGUUCUCUGUGAUAUAUUUGCUUUGGAAAUUGAACCAAUUCAUCGUGGUUGCAUCCUCGCAGCCAAUGCUUCAAUUGCUUCUGCAAAGGAUAAAGGACUCUGGUUGGUCGAACUUCCAGGGUUUCCAUAUUCUAAUAGACAGGAAAACCGAGCAACGCGGCUGUGUGAACGCUUACAAUUUCCUGUGGACAGCUUGGGAAUACGACAGACUUUCCACCAUAUUUCUGUGCAUCGAUCCGAUCGAAGGAAUCGUUCUUUAUACUUUUAAUCCCUAUUCGAGCAUGGCGCCUGAAGUUUGGAGCAACGUUGGACAUUUCCAUGGGCGCAGUGAACAUCCUUGGAUUUUAUUGAAAAAGAAAUACCACGAUGAUUGGAGAACAUGCGAGGACUUGAUGUUCGACAAAACGAAAGAUCUAACCGGGUACGAGGUGCGAACGAACGCCAUAUCCUUCGAGCCGCAUCUUCAAAUAGACUCAACUAAACGAGGCUUGGAACAGUUCUCCGGUGACAAUAGCGAAAUCCUGAAAAUAGUGUUCAAGAAGUUGAACGCGAGCCUUCGCGUGCGUGUGUACACUGGGUCUCCGUAUAGUUUAGGAGGAAUUGGCAGUCACGGAACCAUGGUGGGAAUGAUGGCUGACUUGGCUACUGGUGAGGUGGAUAUAGGAAUGAACGCGAGGAGCCUGUAUAAUACAUGGAAGGUCGAGCACACGUAUCCUCACGGGGACGACGGCCUUUGCGUGUUCACGCAACGAGCAGGAGAAAUAUCAGAGUUUGUCAAGAUCAUGUCCUUCCUAUCGCCAGUUAUACACGCGGCCAAUGCUGUUGUGUUCGUGAUCGCCCUUCUGGUUCUUACAAAAUACCAGGGGUUUGUAAAAGCUAGCAUGAAUAUAAUACGUUUGAUGACUUUUGGCUCCGUACAUAGAUUACCCGGAACCAAUUCCACCAGGAUCUUCUUCAGUAGUACGUUCAUAUUGUACUUGAUAAUGAACGCGCUGCACCAGAGUCAUUGGGCUUCGUUUCUUACUAUUCCUGUUUCUCUACCAAAUAUUAGAACAUCGGAGGAUCUUAAGAAGUCUGGCUGCCAAAUCUACGGAUCGAUAUUUCACGGUCAAGAACUUCAGGAUCCUGAACUACAAUCACGUUUCCACAAGGACACCUACUAUGCUUGCAAGGAGCACGUGCUUCGAUCGCAAUGCGCCGCCUGCUUAGGUGACUGUCUUCAUCAUUACGUGAGAAUCCAGAAUGAAGUGCGCCUUUAUCGAUCUAAAAAAAUACAGCAGAACGCGCUAGUGUUUAAGACCAGAGAGGACUGGCCACUGCUUGCUUCUGUAACGCAAAUGAUUCAAAGAACGGUCGAAAGUGGAAUUAUAGGAAAAUGGCAGAAGGCGAGUAUAAGAAAAACGCGCUGGGCGUGGAAGAAAAGGCAACUGAACAAAAAUAAAAGCUUCAAGACUUUGGAGAUGCAUCAUGUCUUGUUCAGCUUCUAUAUACUGGGCAGUGGAUACCUUUUAGGGAUUGUGGCUUUUGUUGUGGAGAUCUUUAUGGGAAGGAAACGAAUUGACAAAUCCUCAAGAAAUCGAAAGCAUUGAACGAAAAGUAGAUUUUCGAUGUUAAAAUUGUUGUACGCAGUGGUCUUGAGAUGAUUUUGUAUCGGGAGAACAUAAUAUCACAGGAGGUGGCACAAUUUCGACGAUUCUUGGAAGUGACGUCACAUUCCAGGAAUUUUUCGGAAUUUUCGAGAUUUGGUUCAAUUACAACUAUGUAUCAGAAGGACAUGAUUUCGUAGGAAGUGGCAUUAUUUCGAUAAAUCAUAGAAUAUCAUAUCAUUUCUCGAAAUUUUAGAAAGCUAUCUUGCUAUCUUUGUUAUAUUGUUAGCGUGACCUUAUCUAUUUCUCAUUUUUAUAUUUUUGUUUCUUGGUGAAUUUUUGUGAGAUUGGAUAGUAAAGCGGAUAACUAACGAGACUGUGGAAUGCUGCUAAACUACUCUGACCUAUCGAAACUCUUUCCAAAUACUUUUUAUGUAAUUUUUUCUACGAUAAAUAAUCUCAUUUUUCAUUGUAUACUCAUUUCCAAGAAGAUCGUCAUUGUUGGUUGCUGUUGGUUGCUUUUCAUUGCUUGCAGUAUCCUCAUUGUUGUUUUUAUAAUCGAUACAAAUAGAAACAAUCUAUUUCUAUUACUUAAUUACACCUUUAAGCAAUCUUUACGUUUUUUGCUCUUACCUUUCGCCGUUCGAAUGCACAUUUCUUCUCUUGUGCAUAUACAGCAAGAGCACCGGAGAAAACAGCACAUAAAGUCAAAUAUCUGUAGAAUUAGUAUCAUACGCAGCAAUUUCACCUUUCUAAAUAAAAUGUGUCAUACACGGACAUGUUCUAUCACAUAAAUGGCGAAUUAUCUUUAUUGGUAUAAGUUAUUACUAAAUAUGUAGACGACAACAUAUAUAAUAACUAAUUUUAUAAUUGUAUCAUGUAAUAACACUGCUUAAUA